UGACUUCCGCCCCUGCUCGACGCGCGCGUCCUCCCCAAGCGCGCGCGCGCGUUCGCCGGUGAACUAGCAGCGAUGGCGUGCGGUUCCACAUGCCGCACCGGACCUCUCGAAACGGAACAAAUCGGAAGCGGUGGGGAGAAAGCAGCCAUGUGGUUCCUUAGGAACCGGAGGAGGAAGUCCUUUUUUUCUUUGUUUAUUUUUUUGUAAACAGGCAGCUUUGUGGUGAAGAGGAGGCGAAUCUGCACCUACGUGUUUAUACUCGACUGUACGUGGAAGUAGGGCACUACUUGGCAACAACUCCCGGAGCCUGGCGUGAGGAUUUUACAAUCGAUUCAUUGACGUAUCGGACGUUUUUUGGAGGGGCCCCGUUUGGAACGUUUGGGAUUUCUGCACAUAACCCCCCCCCCCCCCCCCUACUCCCCUUGCCGUGCACGAUCAGAUGCGUGAUUCAGUUGACAACUGCUAUCAUGGGGGAGCCCGCAGCGCGCAGCUCCUGGCAAAGUACCUGUGGAGGCUGCUAGUGUCGCACGUGGGACGUUUCCGAAUCUCAAUGAGCGCCCCAGAACUGCCACUUGCGUGUGAACGUCUUCCAAGAGACCGAUUUGGCUCAUGAUCCCAACGUCUUAAGCCCACUGCCGGAUCUUUCUCCCACCCACACGUCCACGAUGUGCACCAUCCCCGCGGUGCUGAUCGUCUUGCUGCGUGGACUCGUCAUCUCUGCGGUGUUGGGAUCCAAGUCGUCGGACACUGGAGAUGGAGCCACCCCAGAAGACCCCUGCCUCAUGGUCAUCCCCCCGUGUGUGAGCGAUGCGGAUCGCUUCAGCCUGGUGGCCUUACGCCACAUCCAUAAAGAGCUGGACGACGACAACGAUGGCGGCAUUGAAGUGAACGAGAGCGUGGAGUUUAUAAAAGAAGACAUGAAGCAGCAGCAGACCAACAAGCACAGCAACCUGCACCGCGAGGACCAGCACAUCACCGUGGAGGAGCUUUGGAAGGGCUGGAAGACCUCUGAAGUCCACAACUGGACGGUGGAAGACACGGUACAGUGGUUGAAGGAGUCGGUGGAGCUGCCCCAGUACGAAAAGAACUUCCGGGACUUCCGCGUGACGGGCAACACGUUGCCGCGGAUCGCCGCAAACGAGCCGUCCUUCUUGUCAAUGCAGCUUAAGGUGUCAGACCAGCGACACAAACAGAAACUCAAUCUCAAGGCGCUGGACGCCGUCCUUUUCGGGCCCCCGCUGCGUCCGCACCACAACUGGAUGAAGGACUUUGUCCUCGCGAUCUCCAUCGUCAUCGGCGUGGGCGGCUGCUGGUUUGCCUACGUGCAGAACAAGUCCAGCAAGGUGCACAUGUCCCAGAUGAUGAGGGAUCUGGAGAGCCUGCAAAACGCCGAGCAAAGCCUCCUCGACCUGCAGAGUCGCUUGGAAAAGGCUCAGGAGGAAAACCGCACCGUCAUCGUGGAGAAGCAGAAUCUGGAGCAGAAGAUGAGGGACGAGAUCACCGGCGCUAAGAAGGAGGCCCACAGACUGAGGGACCUGCGGGAAGGCGCCGAAUGCGAGCUCAGCCGCCUCAAGUACGCCGAAGAGGAGCUCGUACAGGUCCGAAAGGCGCUCAAGCGAGCCGAGAAGGAGAUGCAGUCCGAGCGCUCGCUGCCGGAAGCGCUGCAGAAGUGGUUGCAGCUCACGCACGAGGUGGAGGUCCAGUACUACAACAUCAAGAAACAGAGCGCCGAGCUCCAACUCUGCGUCGCCAAGGACGAGGCGGAGAAAAUUAAAAAAAAGAGAAGUUCUGUGUUUGGGACUCUUCACGUCGCACACAGUUCGUCACUGGAUGAGGUGGACCACAAGAUACUUGAGGCCAAAAAGUCCUUGUCGGAGGUGACGGCGUGCCUGAGGGAACGCCUGCACCGCUGGCAGCAGAUCGAGAGGCUCUGCGGUUUCCCCGUCGUCAACAACUCGGGGCUGCCCAGUCUGACGGCCAGCUUGUAUUCCGACCACAGCUGGGUGGUGAUGCCGCGCGUCUCCGUCCCGCCGUACCCCAUAGCCGGCGGCGUGGACGACCUGGACGAGGACGCGCCUCCCAUCGUUCCGCAAUUCACGGCCACGUUGAUGCGGCCCCCGCUGACGCGCAACAGCAGCGCGUGCCGCUCCCGCCGGAGCCUGAUGAGCUCGUCGCCGUCCUCCGCGAUGUCCCCGGAUCCCGACCUGCUGUCCAUGGCCAGCUCAUCCCUCUCCUAUCCCCUCGAGGCGGACGACGAAUAUGUCACGUUCAGCUCGGAUAGGAGGGGGUACGUAGCGGCGGCCGGAAUCUCGAGGAAUGGUUUGAAAGUGUGGACUCUCAGCGACCAGGAGCUCAGCCCCGACACGGACGCUCCAAACUCCUCGAUGGGCCGCAAGCCUCCGCACUCGUACCGCAAGAUUUCCCGCGAGGAAAUGCUGCUGUUCAACCAGAGCUCCGAGUUCCCCACAACCACCAGCGUCAGCGGGGACUCCACCCCUCCUCCUUUGCCCCCGACGCCCGCCGCCAGCCCCUCGGGGCCGCCGUCCACCUCGCCGUCGCCGGACCUCACUCGCGUGGCGCCGGACCUCCGGGCCGUGACGCCGCCGUCGGGGAAGGCGGCGUACAACGGCGUCCUGGAGAAGUCGCACAGCUUCGGCGUGCUGCCCGCCGUGGGCCGCUACCCGUCGCUCACCUCCCUGGACUCGGAAGGCCGCAGCGUGGGGCGGGAGCACAAGCUCCUGAGUACCUCCUCCCAGGACUCCAGUGACAACGGAGAGAAAAUCAAGCGCUCCUCCUCCAAAAUCAAAAGCCUAUUCAAGAAGAAAAAAUAAGUCGCGCGCGCCGGACAAAACGAGGACGUCGACCGCGAGCUCCGACGGCUCUUCCGCCGCGGUACGUCGCUCGGUCGCCAGCGGUUCGGCGAGGCCCAACGUCAUGCCACAACCGAAGGAAAUAGAAGACUGCCUUCAUUUCCAAGCACACCACAACUUUGCUGACCACGGCAAUCUCCAUGACAAAAAAAAAAUAUAUAUUCCCUCUGUCACACAAUUUCUGGAUCGAGGUGGUCCUCAGCACUUGAUUUCUUGUUACCUGGAGGGGGGGGGGGGCGAAAAGCUUUAUUGCACUACUUCCUGUUUUGGGGGGAAUACAGCUGACAUUUAUGACAAAAGAAAAGGUCACAUGAUGCCACUUGAAUGUUGAUGCUCAUUUUAAACGUCGUUUGCUCAUGUUAGAGAUUUCAAUUUUGGGAGACGAGAGGGGAGGGGGGGGGGCUUCCUGAAGUUGUUGAUCUGUUGUUCCCGGUUGACCUUGCACUACUCCAUUGCCUUCCCUGCGUGCCGACGCCUGGUUUCUUCCAAAAGAACAUCAUGGCAACUUCUCGAUUUGGAGGACGUGCCGUGAUGCUUGUGCAUCUGUAUCAGACGCAGCAAUUUUUGCUCACCCCAGCAUAACCCUCCUGGAAAAAAAAAAAAGGGCCUCAGGGUGGGCCGAGGGGGAGCGACCCAGGACACAAUACGGGACGUCCUGGCGUGAUGAUGUCAAAAAGGCCCUGCCUCACACCGUGACUUCAACGCGGCUUCUCGCCACUGAUGGUGGCCGGGAGGUUGACGCUUUUUACGAGGUGUCCGCGACGGGAUGAUCAAUCAAUGCAAUUAUUAUUAUUAUUAUUAUUAUUGUCGUAACGGGCUAAACAGCACACACUGAAGGAGUAAAGAGUCAGAACUGCACGGUGGGGAGAAAUGCUCACGACACACAAGUGUUUUUGAGAACAUUUUAAGUGUGGAUAUUUGUAUACUGUAGAAGAAUUAAUAACAAAUAAAUGACAAAAAAAAUUGA